AUGAUUACUUGGACCAAGGUCUUCCACGUCCAACCUUCACCUAGCCAUUUGGAGGAAGGUGACAAGAUCAUUCUACCGUCUCAAUCGCUCGAGCAGUUGUUGCAAGCAGCCCCGGGCGGAAGUCUGCCUUCCCCACUCACAUUUGAACUUCGCCAUCCACAUACCGGUGCUAUGCUUCACGGUGGCGUCAAAGAAUUCUCUGGCAAUGAUGCGGACAUUGUGCAAUUACCGGCUUGGAUGAUGAAUGCGCUCGACCUUAAAGCGAAUGAUCGCAUCAUGAUCAAAGCUCGAGAUUUACCCAAAGGCACGUGGGUGCGAUUACGGCCAUUGUCCAGUAACUAUACCGACAUUGUGGAUUACCGAGCCGCUCUCGAAGCCCAUCUGCGUAGCCACUAUAAUACGUUAACCACGGGUCAGACAUUGAUCUGCCGGUACGGAUCGCAGUUGUACCGAUUCACCGUGCUGGAACUCAAGCCCGAAGCCGCCGUUUGCAUUACUGACACCGAUCUCGAAGUAGAUCUUGAACCAUUACCAAAGGAACUCAGUACCGAUGAAAAUAACUUCUUUUCUCAAAGUGAAGUCUCGGUAGCUUCUGUGGAUCAACCCAUCGUUUCGGUUGCGGUAUCCCAAGGAGAGUCCAAGCAUUGGCAACUGAAGCAAGGCGCAGCAAUCCGAGUGGUGGUGGAAUCCGGUGACCUCGAUGUGCUUUUGAGCGACAGGCCGAAUCCGACGCUAGAGAACCAUUUGUGGAGCGAUUUAUCAUCGGAUUCAGAACGUUAUAUUUCAUUGCAAGAUAAAGGGAUGGGAUCAAAUGCGUCUUCCGUAUACAUCACCUUUCAUGGGUAUACGGAUAGCGUGUUCACAUGGGAGUGCCUGUCUACACCGAACGAUGAUCAGCAACCACAGCUUCAAACCGAUCAGCCUUCAGAAACCGCGCCGCAAGAAGGGUUUGUGCAGUGUCACCAUUGUAAAGCAUGGCUACCCGAACGCACACUGAUGCUUCACGAAGGGUUCUGCUUGCGUAAUAAUAUUGUUUGUUCCCAAGGGUGUGGUCGAGUCUUUAAAAGGGAUAGCGAUGAAGCACGACACCAUUGGCAUUGCCCGCUGUGCAGUAAAGUCGGACAAAUCGAAGACGAACCCAAACAUAUGGCUUACUAUCACGCUGAAAAAGUGUGUUCAUGCUCUCAUUGCACAACCGAUUCGUAUGAAAAGCUCGCUGCACAUCGUCGAACGAGCUGCCCCGAACGUUUAAUCACCUGUCGCUACUGCCAUAAAUGUCAACGUCAGAUACCUAUCAAAGAUAUACAAGUGCAUGCCAAGAUCCAUGAAGUACAUCGGCAGAAUCAGAAGCUUCCUCCAUUAUGCAGCAAUAAGAAUUGUACACGUCCAAGAGCUAAUAACCGGUUACGCUUGUGUCAAUACUGUUUCGGCCCGUUUUGGGUGAGCGAAGACGAUCCGAAAAACAUGAAAUUAAUUCAACGCGUGGCUCGUAAACUGCAUUCUCAACUCACGGUGGGUUGCGAAAAGUCAUGGUGUGGUAACAAGUUUUGCGCUACCGCUACAAAGGAUCCCAAAGAUGCGACCACCGCUGCAAGUAUGCUGAUACCCAUGAUUCAAUCCUUACAACGUGAGCUCACGUCGGUUCAUCCAAAGCCGGAGCUAUAUUUCUGUGUGGACGAAGCCACUUCUCGCAAGCACUUCUUGGCCGAUAUUUUGGUAGACAAUAACGCGAAUCGGUUCGGGAUCGAUUGGUGCAUCAAAGCGUUGGAAACAGAGAACGAGGACCUUGACUUGGCCCAGCGUUGGCUGGAGGCCAAUGCUCCGAGAUUACACAACGACCGUCAUAAAAAUCAAAAUGCAUGA